CUGUCCAUACGCAAUAAUAUGCCUGCUGUUUGUGUGAUAAGGCACUCAUUUCAGUAUGUUAUUGAUAAAAGCUCAAGGAUGUCUGGUGUUGGGUACACGGAGUCCCUGAAGUAUCCAGAGGACACCCCACAACUGAACGGGUCAAAAGGAAGACAAGAUUAACAGUUUCUCAUUCUUCCGUUCUACCAUCCACACCUAAGACAAUGCCUAAACCAUUUGACUGUGGAAUCUGUCUCUGCUGGAUUUCUGUGUCUGUCCUUCUAUAUGGAUCUGCAGCAUUUACUUCCAACAGUUCAACCCAGAAUCAGCUUCCAAAUGUGACUGUUGUUCAAGACGCAGAGGACUGGGGUUGGGAUUCACCAUUUCUUCAGCUGAGAGCCAAUCUACCGUCCUACUCGCAGCCAAUCCGCCCAUACACCCUGCUGACAAAUGCUGAAGACUACCACUACAUGCCCAAACCCAGACAUCGCCGCCCUUCUCGCCUACUGCGUCUUCUGGGGUCCUCUUUUGACCUGUUUUGGAUGUCCAUAGAGCAGCCGUCUGAAGGCUCUGGGGGUCACGGUGAUGGUCAACCUUUGUUGCGUGGUGACUCACAGCCCGCCAAAUUACCCAACAACACCGCUGCCGGAGAGAAGUUCAACCUGAGUGCUGCACCACAGCUGAGAGAGGCUGCAGCAAACCAUCGCCGGAAGCUGGAGAAGGAAGCUGCAGAUCUGGACCUUGGCUCUCUGCCCUCCAAUGUUGCCAGUUCAGUCAGAGACUGGUUAGUGCGCUCGGCCACUUGUAGAUUAAGCUACCAAUGGGUGGAUCUGGGCCCUGCUUUCUGGCCACGUUGGCUGCGGCAGACUGAUUGUGAAAGAUCAGGUGGAGUGCAAAGUUGCUCCUUUCCUGGUGGGAUGGAGUGUGUGCGAGCUCAGACAACUCACAUAAAGAUUCUGGCUUGGCACUGCUUGGAAAUCAGAGAGGGGGGCGAUGGGUCUAGAAGGAUUAAAGCUGAAAUGUCUGAUGGUAGCACUGAGAUGGGGACAGGGGAAGUCAUUAAAAAGUGUAUAUGGAGGCAAGUGCUGUAUCCUGUGGUCACAGCAUGUACAUGUUCAUGUAAAUGAACGUUUUUCUCACCAGUGCUAGAGAUUUUCAGUCCUCAUGUUCAGCUGGGUUUCUAUAUGCAUGUAUGUAUUUUAUACUGUUUAUACUAUUGACUUAUUAGGUUGAUGUUAUUGAUGACAUCAAAAUUGUGUUGACUGAUUUUCCAAACCUAAUCAUAGCUGCUUUUAAUCACUCAGUAAGUCAUUGCAUGUGCCUUAAUGUUACUGGCUUAAUAUUUUCUCCAGAUAAAUUGUUAAAUUAUUUAUCUGUGAAAGUUUUUUCAGCAAUGAUACUGAGAUCCAGAGAUACUCUGAUUGACAACCAGGGAGUUGACAGUCCAAGCACAGUCCUCUGUUGUUGUGUCAUGGAAGCAGCUGCAGUUAGGUGCCAAUGCAGUGAUGAAGUACUGUACAGGCUUCUCAUUCACUUUCUCCAUUCUGCAAUGAUCUGGGGGGUAAAAAUUUCAACCUUUUGGUCACAAGCUUGCCUCUCUAAAAGUCAAAUAAAUUUCUGUUAGCAGUAAUACUAAACUGUCAGUUGGUGCAGCCCUAUGGUCCCAUAUUUCUUGUGGGUUGUGCUGCAUUCAUAUGGUGUGGGAAAUUCAUGCAUCAGUGGUUUCAGUACACUAUGCACUUUUCACCUCUAUUUUUUCACUUUUACACAAUUAGCACUGUUAUACUUAGCGUGUGAUAUACAAUUGUAUGUUUUACAUCAAAGAAACAUUACAAUGUCAACCUAAAAUAGAAAAUCCAAGAUACAUUGUAUCCUGUUGGGCCAUUCAGAGAGUGUGAUUGUGUAUUUUUGCAACAAGAAUGGUUUUUGUUUGUAUUUAUAAUAAUGGCAUAAAAGCAAUUAAAGAUGUUUAACUGCAGAAAAUGGGACUCUGAAGAAACUGGUGUUCAUUACAGAUGGGAGAUCCUGGGUGUAAUACACAGGAAGCUGGUGUGGAUAGUGGAUUUUUUUAGUCAUGAGCCCCCAUCUGCUGUCUCAUAUGACAUGAAGAAAGCCACAGGUUGAAGUCAAGAUGAUGUCUAUUUAAUCAUUCAUGUACACGAUAAAAUAGUUACAAAUAAUUGUCUUGUGUUUACCUUUCAUUUGUGAGUUGCGUUUCGAAUAAAUGAAAACAUCACUUAAAGAAUGAUUAAACUCUUCUUCAGCUUUGAAUGUGUUUCUGUACUUGAACGUUUUAUUUUUAAAAACGGCAAGGCUCAUUACUGCCAUUUAACGUUUAAAAUGUUUACUUUGCUGCCCAUUCUGGCCCCACCCCUAUUGGUAAUGUCUAAUUACCUCUAUGGGGGAAGUCUGACAUCACUUUGAUACUAAAU